AUGUCGACGACAACAAGCUCAGUCCACACAUUUGGUCCGAUUGUUGACGAUGCGAUCGUUCAAGCAAAACAAAAAUGGAAUGACCCUCCCAUCAACAAAUGGCGCCUUUUAGCUACCAUUCGCCAUGAUGGCCUCUACGGAGCACUCGUCCCAUAUCUUCGCGAAGACUAUAAGCUGUCUACCACCGUGGUCUCUUUGAUCUUCGUGACCCCGUUUGCCGGAUACACGAUUGCCACUCUCGUCGUCAACAAGAUUCAUAUGACAUUUGGACAACGAGGGAUUGCGAUUAUCGGUCCCCUAUGCCAUAUCGUCCCGUUCGUGAUCAUGGCCAACCAGCCACCCUGGCCGGCAAUGUUGGCCGUCUAUGUGAUUGCUGGCCUGGGCAAUGGCCUCAUCGACGCUGGAUGGAAUUCAUGGAUCGCUGAUAUGACCAAUGCAAAUACAACGAUGGGGCUCCUCGGGGCGUCUUAUGGUGUCGGCAGUCCCAACAUCGCGACGCAGAUGAUCAAGUCCGGCCUGCGCUGGAACUAUUUCUACUACACUCUGUUUGGGGGCUCCGUUCUAGAACUGCUGGCCAGCGUGGCUACGUUCUGGAAAGAAAAUGCAGUCAGCUACAGAGCCAAAAACUGCAGGAGCCCCGAUAGCAGCGGUGGGAGCAGAACCACGGAGGCGAUGAAAAGUCCCAUUACCUGGCUGAUAGCCAUCUGGCUGUUUGUGUACAUGGGUGUUGAAGGUGCUUUGGUCCGUAACGGAGAGCCAUUCCGGUCAGGUCUGGUUCCAACUGGCUUCUGGGCUGGCGUCGCUAUUGGGCGUCUGGUUCUGGGCUUCAAUGAAGGAGAGCGGACUGCUGUUACUAUCUACCUUGCUAUUUCAAUUGCCCUGGAGCUUGUCUUUUGGCUAGUCCCAAAGUUUGUCGUCUCUGCUGUUGCUGUCUCGCUGCUUGGCUUCUUCACCGGCCCUAGUGGGGGCGCUGCAACGUAA